CUCUUCUGAGUGAAUUUCAAUUUUAUAGCCACAAAAGCUUGGCGCAUUACUCCAGACACUAGCAUUACUUAUGCUGUACUAAGUAUGCUUAAAGUAGAUACACAUAUACGAAUUGUGUGUGUGUGUGUCCUUUACUCUGUCCACCCUUAAAUCGCUGACCAUUCGUGGCGUUGUAAGGUGCUGACUUUGUUUGGAUGUACUAUUGGGGACCCUAUCGUGUUGCACAAAGUUUCUGUGCCAACAACGGAGCAGCACGUGAGAGCACAAUCACCUUUGGCGAGUGUUUUCGUUCUUUUUUUAACAUAAGUAUGAAUGGAUAAGUUUGGACGAUAAGUUUCAUCUUUAAGUUGGUUAGUUGUAGGUUCAUUAUUGUAUCAGCAGGUUCUGUCGGAAUAGCUGGAGCGGUGACUUGUCCCGGGGUGUGGCUUUGUACACAUGGUUAUUUGGAGGUUACUAUCAAAACAUUGGGUUACUUUUUUCGUACCGGAGCUAUGGAGCCACGUUUCCCCCUGCUCUGCCAUGACAAAUUCAGUAUGGAUGGCUACUUUAAGUCUGUCGGCUCACGGAAUGACCUGGAACGCGUGUUAGCCGCUGAGCAAAUGGAGAUAACGCUUUGGCAGAACGGGCGACGCAUGGCGUUCUUUAUUGGUAAACUGGCCGAUGUAAUGAAAUCAGAUAUACCUAAAUUGUCCUGUGAACACAAUAUCAAUGUACAACUUCUGAUGAAAGCCACGCCAGCAUUUCCGGGAAUUAUUGCACCUAAAGUGGAGUUAAGCGCGCAUAUAGGUGUUCAGGACCGUCCACAACGGGAUGAGGAAAAUGAAAAAUUUGUACAUCAGUCUGACAACAAUAUAAAUUUGAAGAAACUAGAAUUUGAAGCUAAAUGCAAACUAAACCGGCACACUCAGCAGUCACUAUCUCCCACAAAUAAUUGUUUUAACUAUUUGGAAGAGAAACGACGUCAGCGACCAGUUUGCCACCUGAAAACAAAUUGUGGCAGUGGGUUUUCAAAGAAAAGUAGUGUUUUUCCUUGCUCGAAUGCGCCAAAGUCAUACAAAAUAGAUGCAGUGUCAGGUCAAAACAGCGAACGUCGCCUUUCAACAGAUUCUAGUAAUUUCAGUAAUACUAGUUCGUACAAUCUCAGCCAAGUUACGCGUAUGAGUAGUCCCUCACAACAAUGUCAUUCUAUUUGCACAGUUUCCUCGAUAUCAGCGCCGGACGACCACCUGCGUCGAUGUGAGACCUGUCAAUCGUACCGAAAAGUGUUCUAUAGCAAAUAUUAUACAAAUUUACACACACAGAGCUACUGAAUACAAACUGAUGUUAUGAUGUUAGACAUAU